GUCCUAGGAGGACCCAGUCCUUCCACCCGGGGCGACAUGCAACCCAAGCAGGCGGCGUUAUGGUACCGGCGGAUGUCUGUGGUCUACGCGGUGGGCGCCUGGACCGUGCUGGGCUCGGUGUAUUUGCUCAACCGCAAGAGGAAGUUAGCAGAUGAUAAAGUGGAACAAAAGGAGGUCCCAGCACCAGAAGCUUCCUCUCCAACAAGUGAAAUCUUGGAGCCUCCUAAAGGGUUUUACGUGGAAACGACUAUCACCUUUCGGGAAGAUUUUGUUCCAAUCACUGAAAAAAUCCUCAAUUAUUGGAAAUCAUGGACUGGUGGCCGUGGCCCAGGGUCAUGACCCGCUGUUGGACUCUGAAAAGCAGAACUUGGGUUCAGCGUUGAAUCUUGAUAAAUGGUUUGAUUUCCAUUUU